CUACGAAAUCGAUCAACGUAUUUGGCAGGGAGUUACUGAGAGUUGACUGGUUUCAAAAAAAGGCGACUGAAGUGUAGAAAAAGAAAAAAUGCUAUCGAACGCAUUUUCGUUGCUAGAGCUAGACGCUGCUGAUGGAUCGGAAUCCGCUUCAGCCUCAGCCUCUGCUCCUUCUCGACGCAAAAAAGGCUCAACCAGCACUAGCAAAACCAGUACCAAUACCACUCGCACUAACACUCAAGUUAAAAGUGAGAAGAAAGUUAACAACCUUGAUGAAAAAAUGCCCCAAAAAAAUGGCAAACAGAGUGAAGAAACUCUAGUGAUUCCUUCAGUAGAUUACAAGUUGCCCCUUGUGUGGAUUGACUUGGAAAUGACUGGUCUAAAUGUUGAAGUUGAUAGAAUACUGGAGAUUGCUUGUAUCAUUACAGAUGGCCAUCUGACCAAAACAUUGGAGGGUCCUGAUUUGGUUAUCCAUCAAAAUAAGGAGUGUUUAGAUAAGAUGGGAGAAUGGUGUCAAAGCCAUCAUGCAGCUAGUGGGUUGACAAAAAAGGUGCUCGAAAGUACAAUUAGUGAAAAAGAGGCUGAAAAUCAGGUUAUGGAAUUUGUAAAGAGAAAUGUUGGUACACACACCCCUCUUUUGGCAGGAAAUUCCAUUUAUGUUGAUUUUCUAUUUUUAAAGAAAUACAUGCCAGAUUUGGCUGCUCUGUUCUCUCAUGUGGUUGUCGACGUUAGCAGUGUUAAGGCUUUAUGCAUUCGCUGGUAUCCUAGAGACAACAAGAACGCCCCUAUAAAGAAAAGCAAACAUAGAGCUUUGGAUGAUAUCAGAGAAAGCAUACAGGAACUUAAAUACUACAAGGACAAUAUUUUCAAAGCAUCCAAAUCUAGGAAGUGAUGCAAAAAAGGAAUUGCAGCAGAUGGAUUCCUUGUGAAAAAGUUUCAAUUUCAAAGUCCCUUCAUUAUCUCUAGAUGUCGCUAAUUGUGCAUGUACUUUUGGGGAAAUUAGUCAUCUACAAUUGAUCAUUGCUUGUACAAUCUCACUUGGGGAAAUUAGCCCCUUCGUUAUCUCUAGAUGUUGAUCAUUGCAGAUACAUGGCGUUUCUAUGGUAUUUUAUGCAAUUUACAAAUGUAUCAUUGGCUGUAUUUUCAUUUAAUCGUAUAGAAGUUCUAAAAUCAGAAGUUUCUUCCAA